AUGUCCGACGGUCCUCUUCCCGUAUGUUCCGCUCGCUCAUCUGACACUGUGUCUGCACGAUUACCACGCUUUAUUGCGUCUACGACGACUCAUCAUUCCGACGGAGAUGCGGAGAGCGAUGACCCACACGCUCCGACAAACCCAAACACAUCUCCUUCCACCUUACAAACUCAGUAA